AUGUACUUCCGGAUUAGGAAGGAAGUUGAGCUCCGUUUGAUGAUGGAAGCAGUUUCAGUCAAACUUGGAGUGGAAAUGUCUGCUCUCAGGUUUCACUUUGAUGAAAAGAGGAUCAAAGCCAAUCAAACUCCCAAUGAGCUUGAGCUUGAAGACGAAUUUGUGAUCGACGUAUUCGUUUUCCAACUUGGAGGGUGCAGCUUUUGUCAUCGCCGUUAA